CACCUACCAUAUCUACACGGGGCCGUAAGGGCAAUUCGGGACCAUAAAUUUAGCUAACACAUUAUCUGUUGAGCCAGUGCAUUUGCUGAUUUGCAUUUAGACGUUCAAAUAUCCCCGGUAGUUAGACCAGAACAUGCCUACCUUAAAUUUGUUCACAAAUGUCCCAGUUGAUGCCGUUAUCGCUUCAGAUAUUCUCAAGGAUGCCACCAAAGCUGUUGCUAAAACCAUUGGCAAACCCGAAUCUUAUGUGAUGGUGUUGAUAAACGGAGGAGUACCGAUUGCUUUUUCGGGAACGGAAGAAGCUGCUGCAUAUGGAGAAUUGAUCUCAAUUGGAGGACUUGGCCCUGCUGUUAAUGGGAAAUUAAGUUCAAUUAUUGCUGAAAUACUCCAAACUAAGCUUUUUAUUGAUAGUUCUAGAUUCUACAUCAAAUUUUAUGAAGCUCAGCGACCUUUUUUUGGAUUCAACGGAUCCACAUUUUGAGUUGCUCGUAAUAGGCUGAUUCAUUCUGGCAACAUUUAGCUGGAAGAUAAGCAGCAUUUGCAUCUGUAUUCUGAAGUCUCACUAAAAAGUCUGUAAUGAUUACAUUCUGUGCUAUUUUAAUCACCAAUGUAAGUGACAUAGCCAUAUUCUCUCUUGGAUAAUAGCUACUCCCUUCAUCAGCGUGAUUAUCAAGGAUGGGGCAGAGAGUGUUUGACCCGAAGUUGCCCUCAUCAUCACGUUUCAUGGAAAGUUCUUUUGGUCCUUUUCAUAUGUUAGUAUGAUUUGAUCGGAGCCUCGUAGUUGAGGCUCGUGCUUGGGCAGCACAGUAGCAAGGCGUCUUAAGCUUAGAGCAGCAGUACAUAAACUAUUCGGUUGAUUUAGCUGUGUUCAGCUUGAGCUAUAUUAAUUUAGAAGGCAAAACCAGACAUAAAUUACAUUGGCUUAAUACAUGAGCAAAUUUCUGUUGUUAAA